CUGACCCUCGUGGUUUACAUAUACAUGUGAUAUAUAACAAAGUUAUAUCAUCACCAUCAAACACAUCAUUAAUCAUACACACACAGGUCUAUAUAUUCCUCAUCUUCCCCUUUUUCCUUAUUCUCCAAACCAGACCAAAAAUAUAUAUUCUCUCGGUUUUUUCCAGAGCGUAUAUUCAAAUUCCUCCAUAUAAAGUAUUAAUCUGAUUCUGUCUACUACUUCCAUGGGUGAGAAAAAGGAAGAAACGGCGACGAAACCUCAAGGAGAGAAGAAACCUAUCGAUGGUGGUAUCACCACCGUCGUUAUGAAGCUUGAAAUGCAUUGUGAAGGCUGCGGCAAGAAAAUCAAACGAAUCUUCAAACAUUUCAAAGGUGUGGAAGAUGUGAAGAUUGAUUACAAGAGUAACAAAUUGACGGUGAUCGGAAACGUAGAUCCAGUGGAAGUUCGUGAUAAAGUGGCCGAGAAAAUUAAGAGACCAGUCGAACUCGUCUCUACAGUUGCGCCACCGAAGAAAGAGACACCUCCUUCAGGCGGUGAGAAGAAGCCUCCUGCGGCGGAGGAGAAACCUGCUGAGAAGAAACCAGCCGCCGAUGAGAAAUCCGGUGAGAAGAAAGAAGAGAAGAAGAGAGAGGAAGGAGAGAAGAAAGCUUCACCUCCACCACCACCUAAAGAGAGUACUGUGGUUUUGAAGACGAAGUUACAUUGUGAAGGUUGCGAACACAAAAUCAAAAGAAUAGUCAACAAAAUUAAAGGGGUUAAUUCAGUUGCUAUUGAUAGUGCCAAGGAUUUGGUUAUAGUUAAGGGGAUCAUUGACGUGAAACAGCUCACUCCUUAUCUCAAUGAGAAGCUUAAACGCACGGUUGAAGUUGUUCCGGCUAAAAAAGACGACGGAGCACCCGCGGCAGCGGCUGCAGCUCCAGCUCCAGCUGGCGGUGAGAAGAAGGACAAAGGUGCUGGUGAAAAGAAAGAGAACAAAGAUGUUGGAGAAAAGAAAGUCGACGGUGGUGGUGAGAAGAAGAAAGAAGUUGCCGUUGGCGGUGGAGGAGGAGACGGUGGUGCUAUGGAUGUGAAGAAAUCGGAGUAUAACGGUUACGGUUAUCCUCCACAGCCGAUGUAUUACUACCCACAAGGACAAGUAUACGGUCAACAACAUUACAUGAUGCAAGGUCAAUCAUCUCAAUCGUAUGUACAAGAACCGUAUACAAACCAAGGAUACGUACAAGAAUCGUAUAUGAACCAAGGUUACGGUCAAGGGUAUGGACAUGAAGCACCACCGCCACCAUAUAUGAACCACCAAGGUUACGCAGAUCCUUAUGGUCACAUGCGUGCGCCUGAGUUGUUUAGUGAUGAGAAUCCAAAUGGGUGUUCUGUGAUGUGAGUAAAACAAGUGGGGGAGAAAAUGUAAAUAACUAAAAAUAUAGGGUGAGAAUGGUAGAUAUGACAAAUUUUAUACUACGAAAGCACGGAAACUUCCGAGUCCGGUAAUCUAAACCGGCUGGAUUGGCCGGUUAGAACCGGUUUUUGAGAGGCGUGGAUUGGUUGGUUGGUUGGUAUAUUUCGAUAUAGGUAUAAUUUUGUAUUGUAAACAUCUUCUGUUUUAUAACUUUUUGUGCUAUGUAAUUUCAGGUGAUCAUAAUGAAAAAACAUAUUAGUUCUGAUUAA